CUCAAACGCUGCGGGAAGGCAGAAUUAUCGGCUUUUAGUGAAUGUUUGUUGUGACGUUGGAGAUGCGAUUUUGUCAAGUUUUUUCAUUAAAUUGAUGAAUGGGGACACGGUGUGAUGGAUGUCGGCACCGUCGUGGUCUUGGGGAAUGGAUAAUGAACAACCCCACCAAGAGUUAGUUAAGUGUGUGGUGGUGGGCGACACGGCAGUCGGCAAAACUCGGCUGAUUUGCGCACGAGCGUGUAACAAACAAGUCUCAUUGGCUCAAUUGCUAGCCACUCACGUACCCACAGUAUGGGCCAUCGACCAAUACCGCAUCUACAAGGACGUCUUGGAGAGAUCAUGGGAGAUCGUCGACAGCGUCAACGUCAGUCUGAGGUUGUGGGACACCUUCGGAGAUCACGAAAAAGACCGAAGGUUUGCUUACGGGAGGUCAGAUGUGGUGUUGCUAUGCUUCAGCAUCAACAACCCAGUCUCCCUCCGCAACUGCCGGUUGAUGUGGUAUCCGGAAAUUCGUCGUUUUUGCCCCAGCACCCCCGUCAUUCUGGUCGGCUGCAAGAGCGACUUACGGUACAUGUACCGCGACGAGGCGUACCUCAGCUACUUUCGAGACCGCAGUCCCUUCGUACGGGCCACCAGAAAGAGCGACCUGGUGAUGCCGGACGAGGCUCGAGACAUCGCCCGAGAGCUCGGCCUCUACUAUUACGAAACUUCGGUACUUACUUAUUACGGAGUUAACGAAGUGUUCGAGAACGCCAUUCGGGCGGCGCUCAUCGCUAGAAGAGCACAACGUUUUUGGAUGACGAAUCUUAAGAAGGUUCAGCGGCCAUUGUUGCAGGCACCAUUCAAACCACCCCCUCCUCUGAAACCAGAAAUCCACAUAUGUUCAAGUUCCUACGGCGAGCACUUGCAUCAUCUUUGGCUAGGCAGGGCUCACACGGACGUCGUAUUGGUCGUAGGCUCCAUGGGAUUUCCAGCACAUCGAUUUAUACUGGCAGCUUGCAGCAGAGCUUUUUACAGACUUCUAACCGCUGACUUGCUGGCCCGCAGCACCAGUGACUCUAGCAUGGUCAGCUCAUUGGGAGACUUCGCCGACGAAACAGAAUGCUUGGUUCGAGCGGAACAGAAGACAUGCAAGAGAAGGGCCAGUUGCCAAGCAUUGCCCACUGCCAGAGAGCUGGACCAUCCGGCUUUCCAGUGCAUCAGGAACGUUCAGCCGGAAGGACAGACUGUGGUCACGUUGAGCAAGCUGGUAACACCGGAUGCCAUGCAACAAUGUCUUCAAUUCGCUUACACUGGUACGGUGGAUCGCAGUGCUCUGAAUCUACGGGAAACCCGAGAAGCUGCCGAAUUUUUAGAACUGCCUCAGUUGUUAGUUUUGCUUACUAAGCACCCAUUUGUCGCUCCCGAUCCCCCAGACGAGUCCUACGAAAACUUCCUGAAGCGGAGAUUGCAGGACAUCUGCUUGGAUCAAGCGCUCUUCGCUGAUGUUAUUUUCGAACUCGACGACGGUGCCUGCACGGCUCACAAAGCGAUGCUGGCCGCCCGAUGUGACGUCAUGAAAGCGAUGUUCCGAGGAGAUUUUCGUGAGAGCCAAGCCAAAGUGAUUGAAUUUCCGGGGGUGAGGGAAUACACUUUUCACAAAUUACUUUGUUUUCUUUAUACGGAUGAGGUGCCAGAAGUGUCUGCAGUGCGCUGUGUCAAUCUACUGGAGCUGGCCAACAGGCUGUGUCUGCCCAGGCUAGUCAACUUGGUGGAAAAACGCGUUAUUGAAGAUUUGGAAACUUUGCAGCCGUCUGAAGCCAUUGAACAGUGUUUAAGACUGCUAGAACCCGUUAAGUUACACAACGGCCACCAGCUUGCAGACUGGUGCAUGAACCAUCUGUGCAUCAACUACAACAAACUCUGCCGGAUGUCUCCGCGCAGUCUACGCUUGUUGCAUCCAGACAACCAGGCCUAUCUGGUGGAGCAUCGCUGGCCGCCUGUGUGGUACCUAAAGGAUUACGAUUAUUAUCAAAAAUGCUUGGCCGAACGCGACAAAGAGUUAAAGCCGGCCAACAACACGGGGUCUAGCUGUCUCUGUUUCUCCCGCAAAUCAGAGUCCGACCCGGCACUGUCCUCAAGCCAACUCUGACCUUGACUGUGACUAGAACUAUCCAAUAUUUUGUCUAUUUCUACAAGAAAUUUAGAAAAUUGAGGUUUAACAUUUUUCACAAAUAGUUGAAGAAGUUAUUGCUAAAAACCUUAAAAUAUUUGUACAACAACCAAUGCAAAUUCAGUAUUUCCAUUUGUUUACACAUGCUAUUCUCAAAUAUAAAUAAAGACUCAUGCCAGUAAAUUAAUAGAGACUUAGUGAGGAUUUCAGCCUUAUUACUGUAUAAUUUCACAACUGUAGGUACUGUUAUAAAAUGUAAAAACAAUUAAAAAAGCUUUCCAAAAUCACAAAACAUCUGUCAGAUCCAGAAUUGUAAAGUUCUGCGUACGACACAAGAAGAUACAAAACGUAGGCCGUAUUAUUUUCUUUUUAAUAAUAAAACAGGAGAUCUCUAUUAACUAAGAUAUAGCAGCAGUAUUUUAACAUUAUUUAUUUAAUUUUGAAUGUUCUAUUUAUAUGCAAGUCUUAUUUACUAAUACCAUUAUUUUACUUGAAUCUACAAUUUACAGACUGAUCGUAAAACUAAAACCUAUCGGGUUAAUAUGCAGUACCUAAUACCCAGUAUACAAUACUUAGAUCCAACGUCCAACUGAGUCGGCUAAUGGUGCGUGUCGGGUAAUUGUGCGCAUAAUUGUUUCUAAUCUCCUAUUUAAUAAAAUUGCAAAAACUAUAUUAUCGUGUCAUCUAUUAGCAACUGUCAGAUCUAUCCCAGACAAACGAACCAGAGGUGUAACCAGGAUAAUCAUAAUGGGGGGGGGGGGUUACAACUACUUGAUGGUCUCUGGGGGGUAUGGAAUAGUAAUGGUGUUAAGCGUACAGAGCUCAACGUACAUCCAAAUGGGGAGUUAUAAUCCUCAAAACCCCUCCUCCCCCGGUUAUGAGGAGAUACUUUACGGUUGGCAAUGUUCGUUUACAUGUUUUUGCGUGGUAUGUUAUUGUUUGUGUAUCUGAGAUAAUAAACGGUUUAUAAGUUUUUUUCUUCAUAGAAAUAUCGUUUAAAAAGUACAUCUACACGUUAUUUAUUUAACAUUUUAGACACUGGUGUAGUUAGUUUUGCCCGAUUCUUUUUUGUUUUUAUCCAGUUUUGGAUUAUGUAAAGUGGAAAGUCGUCUAAUGGUACGCAUUGCUCACCAUUAGCCGAAAAGGUAUAAUAAUACAAGAAAUAUAAUGCAGCAGCUCCAAACGAAAGGGUUUUGUAACGUUUAAAUAAAAGUUGCGAAGUAGUGAACAGGGUUAAAAGGGGCAAAUUGGAAUACUUUGGUCAUAUAAUGCGUCACCCAGAAAAAUAUGACAUACUUUACCUUGUUAUGCAAGGUAAAAUAAUGGAAAAAAGAAGUGUGGACCGCCGUACUUCUUGGCUUAAAAACCUACGCCAAUGGUUUGGGAAAACUAGCACUGAACUAUUUCGUGCGGCUGUAAAUAAGACAGUGAUUGUUAAUAUGCUUGGCAACAUGAGACAAGCAGUCUCGGCACCUUAAGAAAAAGAAGCUUAAAGUACAUCCAACAGCAGCAUUUUGGAAAAUCUAAGUCCGCUCCCGAAAACAUCACAAACAAAAAAAAUUGUCGCAAAAAAAACAAAAAUCUCAGAUAUUAACAGAAACACCUAACAGAGAAAAACUUAGAUGAAAAUUUAUAAAAGAAAAUAAAGGCAAUAUCGAUUAAACAAGCGUCAAAAUGGGCAAAGGGACAAAGGAACAAAGAGAAAACCACGAAAUUGAAAAAGGUACAAAAGGGAAGAUUUUGAAGACAGCAGCUCGUCUGGUCUUGCCAGGUUGAACAAUCUCGUGUUAGAUAAAAAUGAGUUCUGCGUAUUAUGUGGUGAUGGUAGUAGCAAAUAGACGAAUUACGGAGCUUGUUCGAUAUGUUGUCAGUGGGAUAAUGCCAUAUGUACUUACAGUAGAGGAUAGUCAAGAAGGAUAUAUUUGUGGCUUCUGUGAUGCUUUCUAAUCAGCCCUAAACAUCCAUCCUUGGAUAUAGGCCUCCUCUUCCUUCUUCCAUGCCUCCCUAUCUUGGGCAAUUUGCAUCCAUUUUGACCCAGUGUGUUCUUUCAGGUUAUCUGACCAUCGCAUCUGCGAGCUUCCCCUUUUUCGUUUGUGGUUCCACGGUCUCCAAUGUAUAAACAUCUUAGUCCAUCUUUCAUCCUUCUGCCGUAGGGUGUGUCCGGCGUACUUCCAUUUAAGCUUUGCUACUUGGGUUGAGACAUCUUUCACUUUUGUUUUGUUACGGAUCCAUUCGCCGUAGGAUCCAACCGCAUCUGCGAUGCUUAGAUUUUUUAAUAUAUCUGUAACUUGGUUUCUUAUCUUUUUUCGUAUAUUUGCUUUCCCUUUAAUAUUUAUGUUCAAUAAACAACAUUUUCUAAGGUUAUUUUUAAGUUCUAUUAUUGCGCAAAUAUUUCGACAUAUGCGCACUAUUAACCGAAUAGGUCGGGUACUUGUGCGCGUUAAACUAAUUCUAAAUUUCGCCUCUCGCUGUUCUACUGUUCAACCAUUCAUUGAAUGCGGUCUCUACUAAUAUACCUAGGCCCCUGAAGUAUAUCUUCAAAAAGUUGGAAAUUGAAAUGUUUGAAGUUUUUGCAAUAUACUGAAUUGUUCUUUGGUAGGCACCAAUAUAUGUACAUAGCCGACUAUCCCCUACUUUAUAGAAGCCGUUACAGGUCCGGCUGAAAAUCAGGCCUGAAAAUAAUUCAUCUCAUUAAUUACACGUUUCUUUUUCUUUUGACACUGACGUUUUUCAACCAAACAACUUUGCAUUUUUAUUUGGCUUUUCAAGCUUUGUCUCAAUAUAUUCUGUAGCGAGGCAAAAGGCGAAUGUCACAUACAAAUUCCAAUUCUUCCAAAUGGAAGAUUUCUACUACUGCAGAAGCACCACAAAAAUAAUUGACAGAUGCAAAAAUGUACAAGUAGAAAAAUUAACAGUUGAUAGGAGAGGGUAAAUACAAUAGUAAGUGGAAGAAAAAUAAUAGAUCGAAGGAAGCUACUGGGAAGCAAUAGCAAAAUUUGUACAAUUUUUAAAGAGAACGUAAAUACAAUCUCCGAAGAAAAAUUAAUCGAUGUACCUAAGGAAAAUCGAGAACAUAAAGAGUAAUCGCCGUACAUUUUUCUUGCCAUAAGUAUUUUGCACGAGGUGCAAAAAUUAAAAAGUAGAAGAAUUGACAGAUAAGAGGAGAAGGUAGCAAAACAACAGCAGAAGAAAGAUUAAUACAUGAAAGGAAGCUAGUGGAGGAAAAAAGAGUAAAAUUUGUGUAUUUUUUCGUGCAACAACUAUUUUGCAAAAGAAAUGAUUCAAAUUCUUAACAAAUAUCAAAAUCUUAUAUUCUAAGUUUUAAAUGCGGUCCUGAGUAUUCUGCAAUAGACAGCGUCGCAUUUCAUUUUGAUAGGGGCGCCAUAUUUUUUUGUUAUCUCUUUAGAUAGUCGCUAAUAGAUCAGUUUUUAAAAACUAAUAAAGACGUCGUACUAUACCGAAAAAAACUUGGACAACGGUAUUUAGCAAUAACUUAUUCGAUUUAGCUUAGAAUGUGACUCGUUCAUAGGUAAGUAGCCACUUCUAGUAUUUCUAAUUACACUGAAAGAAGUUUCUAAUGUUUAAAGUUGUUAGUAAUAAAAACAUGACUUUGAAUGAAGAUAGACACAGAGAUUACUUAGGAAAAAUGUCACAGUCUAAGCAUAAACUUUUAUUGCGAUGCACACGACGUACGUAGCUUAGAUUAGGAUGAAGUUUGUAUUAUUUAAGUAUAUACAGAAUAAGCCAAAUAAAAAUGGAGCAUACGCAGUUAUACAGUGUAUCGGGACUACAUUUGGAACGAACAUGUAAACCGAAUGGAACCAGAAAGAUCAGCGAACAUCUGUAAAAACAACAAGCCGUAUAGCAGAAGACCCGUUGGAAGGCCGCCGAAAAGGUUGAAAGACAAUGCACAGUCGACAACAACUGAAACAGAAUAAGAGGCAGACAAACAGGAGUAAUCCUAGUUGCACGAAAAAAAAAAAGAAGAAGAAGAAGAAGAAGAAAAAGAAGAAGGGACUACAUUUGAAAUAGUCGACCAAUAUAAAAGUUCGACAUACAUAAAUUAUAGCAACGUUAAAAUCGGCAUGUACAAAAUAUCGUUCAACUACCUGUCCCCUUUAAGCGCAGAAACAAACAAACCACUCUGCAGCGCUACUCUGUGACGUCACGGAGUAGCGCUUCAUAGUGGUUCGUAUCUUUCUGCGCUUACGAGCGAGCCGCGAUAUGUAACACGCGAUCGGUUACUUUCGGCUGGACUAAUGGGCUAGGAGACAGGUAGUUCAACGAAAUUUCACUCAUUUCAUUUAACGUUGCUAUGAUUUAUGUAUGUUAAACUUUUAUAUUGGUCGACUACAUAUUUCAAAUUUAUUUCCAAUACACUGUAUUAACUGCGUAUGUCCCUUUUUUACUUCGCUUAUCCUGUAUAAAAAUAUUUAUUACAUGUUUUUCUUUAGUUAUUACCACUAUUGUAUAUACGAGGCCGAUUUGAAAAGUUCUAGGCUUAGUACAUAGUUACAAAAAUUAUUUUUUCAUUAGUUGUACGAUUGUCAACAUAUUCGUUUGCUCUGUCAUUAAAUUUCCAUUUGAUCCAUAAAAUUUGCAAGUAAUAAUUUUUUAAAUUCAGGAAUAGAUAGAAGUGUCGUAAGCGAAUCCGUAAUAAUACCCUAUUCGCUAUAGUAUUUUUACUACAAAAACGUUAUUACGUAGGUCAAAAUUUUUGACGUAAGAGAACUGUCAAAACAUUAGAAUGUGACUUUUCAUUAUUGGCAUGUUUAUAAUAAACAUGGCGAUAAUGAAAAGUCACAUUCUAAUGUUUUGACAGUUCUCUUACGUCAAAAAUUUUGACCUACGUAAUAACGUUUUUGCAGUAAAAAUACUAUACCUCAGUUUCGUUUACAGAACUUGGAUUAGCGAUUUUAGUAUAAAUACUAGAUUUACAAUCAAAAGAUGAAAUAUAACCACAUCUACUCUGAAAGUAUCGGUGAUUUCACACAAAUCCCCACUCUACAUUGUCUUACAGUAAUAUAAUCUGAAAAAUAAUCUUUCACCCAAAAAACCUUCUUUAUCCAUUAUUCCCUGCAGCUCACCUAUUGCAAGGUCGCCAAGUUUUAACCGUCUUUUUUGACAUUAUUUUAUAGUGCACUUCACACAGGUCUCAUUAUAUCGUCCAAUAUGUGUUUUGGAUAUCACUCAUGCCUGGUAUACACGACAAUGAGUUAUGGUAGCGAUGUAAUUGCGCAGUUCGUUUGUGCAGUUUUAGGUUGGUGCAAACGAUUGGUCGACAGGAACAAAAUUUAUUUGAUAAAUCGUUGUCGAUUGCGUUUGCACAAUUUUAUCUAGACUCUAGACGGAAGUUGGGUCAAUCAUUGAAUCGUUCAGUUCGUUCACAAGCACAAGUCUUGCUGUAUUGUAGGCAGACGCAACCACGCACGUCAAAACAUGUCGCAAGAAGAUUGUAGCGGAUUUCGUGAGAAAUUGAAAACGUCUGUCCACUACUAUAGAAAUGAAGCUUGCUUGGGGAAUAAGAAAAGUGAAGAUUAUCACGACCGCAAUAAGAAAAAUGCUGCCUACGAUAGUCUAAAUAUUAAGUACAAACCUAUUGAUCCUAAUGCCAGUAGGGAGAUGGUAGUAAAGAAAUUUUAACCUGCGGACCGCUUACAAGAAGGAACUCGGGAAAGCCACAAUGUCAUUAAAAUCUGGAGCAGGAACUGAUGAAGUCCACAUUUUACGUUUAUGGUACUUCGAUUUAAUAAAUUUUUUAUAUGACGAUAAAGCUUACUGAUUCUCUCAUCACGGUAUUGUUUUUUUGUAUAAGCGA